AUGGGCUUCACCCUCAUCAUGGAGUACUCUCUUCGUCCUCCAACUGCGUGGCCAUCUUAUGUCAAAACUCUCUUUCAUAAAGGUAUAAAUAUCGCGUCCUCGACCUCUUCACCUUCGAAUUUUUUUCUUUCCUUUCCCAUCACACAGUCACAAAUUCUCACCAGCCCUAUCACCCUCUACUAUACACCCCAGCAAGCAACAUCACUUCAACUCUUCCCAUCUUCAACUUCUUAUGCUAACUCACCCUCAGGAGAGCCUCAGCCAAAGACUCUUCAUGUUGAGUGUUUGGCUGGAGAAUGUUCGGAGGAGGAUCUCGCGGCGCUUCGAGCUGCCGCCCAGAUGGUGAAGGACGAUCCAUCUGGUAAGGGAUGGAAAAUCUCUUCCAAGAUCGAGCCUGCCAAAGGUGGCAAGGCUCGCCGUGACGAAGGCCUCUCUGAGGCCGACGUCAACACCAUCCUCGAGGGGAUGGACCAUGCCGACCAGGACAGCGUCGCCAGAUGCGCUGCUGGCACCUGCUCGGAGGCCGAGCUUCAGCUCCUCAAGCAGGAGCUUAACGUGGCCACCAUCCCAAACUGGCUCUGGCCGAUCAUCGGCCGCGUCCGUAAACUCAAGUUUACGUACGGUAUUGAGAUUGGGACUGACCCUGAGCCUCCUACGCCGGCUCCAAAGCCGGAGCCCACGAAGGCUCCACCAACUUCCUCUCCGGCCCCCAAGAAGCCGGAGCCGACCAAGGCGCCGGAGCCAGAGCCGACUCACACGGCCUGGUAA